UGAGGCGACGACAGACGGAGAGAGAGACGGCGCUGUGCUGCACCCCGUGUCCCGCUGUCACCGGCGCUGUACCCCGUAUUCCGCUGUCACCGGCGCUGUACCCCGUAUUCCGCUGUCACCGGCGCUGUACCCCUGUGACACCGGCGCUGUACCCCGUAUCCCGCUGUCACCGGCGCUGUACCCCUGUGACACCGGCGCUGUACCCCGUGUCCCGCUGUCACCGGCGCUGUACCCCGUGUCCCGCUGUCACCGGCGCUGUACCCCGUAUUCCGCUGUCACCGGCGCUGUACCCCGUAUUCCGCUGUCACCGGCGCUGUACCCCGUAUUCCGCUGUCACCGGCGCUGUACCCCGUAUCCCGCUGUCACCGGCGCUGUACCCCGUAUCCCGCUGUCACCGGCGCUGUACCCCGUAUCCCGCUGUCACCGGCGCUGUACCCCGUAUUCCGCUGUCACCGGCGCUGUACCGAGCUGUGUCGCGCUGUACCCCUGUGACACCGGCGCUGUACCCCGUAUUCCGCUGUCACCGGCGCUGUACCCCUGUGACACCGGCGCUGUACCCCGUAUCCCGCUGUCACCGGCGCUGUACCCCGUAUCCCCCUGUCACCGGCGCUGUACCCCGUACCCCCCUGUCACCGGCGCUGUACCCCGUAUCCCGCUGUCACCGGCGCUGUACCCCGUAUCCCGCUGUCACCGGCGCUGUACCCCGUACCCCCCUGUCACCGGCGCUGUACCCCGUACCCCCCUGUCACCGGCGCUGUACCCCGUAUCCCGCUGUCACCGGCGCUGUACCCCGCUGUCACGUCACACACUACACCCCGGGAGGAGGAGACACCCGGCGCCGUACUGCGUACACCACACCCCGGGAGGAGGAGGACGGGCGCCGCGGGCAGCACUACCUCCGGCCGGGCGCUGCUCUGCUCCCUGCUCCGCGGCUGUCUCACCCCCGCCGCGCCUCCCGCCAUGGCCAACUACAUCCACGUCCCGCCCGGCUCCCCCGACGUGCCCCGUGUGGAGCUGACCGUGCUGGAGAGCUGCUACCGGGAGGGGGCCAUGCGGCUGCUGCGGGAGCUCCGGCCUGACUGGAAGACGGAGGAGGUCACCACCCAGCUGUUUACCGAUGGCAUAACAAAUAAACUGAUUGGCUGCUACAUUGGCGAGGCGAUGGACGAUGUCGUGCUGGUCAGAAUCUACGGCAAUAAGACUGAGCUGCUUGUUGAUCGUGACGAAGAGUUAAAGAGUUUCCGGGUGCUCCAGGCGCACGGCUGUGCCCCCAAAUUAUACUGUACCUUCAACAACGGCCUGUGCUACGAGUUCAUGCAAGGAGCAGCCCUGGAUCCAGAGCACGUGUGUAACCCCACCAUCUACAGACUUAUAGCCAGACAGCUCGCCAAGAUCCACGCCAUACAUGCUCACAACGGCUGGAUCCCAAAAUCCAACCUGUGGUAUAAAAUGAAGAAGUACUUCGCCCUGAUUCCUAGAGAGCUCCCAGAUAAGGCCACCCACGACCGGUUCAUACGUGAUGUCCCCAGCCCGCAGGUCCUGGAGCAGGAGAUGGCAUGGAUGAAGAGCAUCUUAUCCAGCCUGGGCUCUCCGGUCGUCCUGUGUCACAAUGACCUGUUGUGUAAGAAUAUCAUCUACAAUGAAAGCAAAGGUGAUCUACAGUUCAUAGACUACGAAUAUUCAGGGUACAAUUACCAGGCGUACGAUAUUGGGAAUCACUUCAAUGAGUUUGCAGGUGUGAACGAGGUGGAUUACAGCCUGUAUCCAGGGAGGGCUCUGCAGUUGCGAUGGCUCCGCGCGUAUCUAGAGGCGUUUAAGGAAUAUAAAGGGUUUACAGCGGACGUCUCGGAGAAUGAGGUGGAGCUUCUCUACGUCCAGGUCAAUCAGUUUGCUCUGGCAUCUCACUUUUUCUGGGGGCUCUGGGCGUUGAUCCAAGCAAAAUAUUCCAAAAUCGACUUUGAUUUUUUGGGGUACGCUAUUGUACGGCUUAACCAGUACUUCAAAAUAAAGCCAGAAGUAAUGGCGCUGGCUCUCCCUGAAUAGGUGGAGGGGACACCACACAACUCUGCAAACUACACAUCACAUGUCACAUGACUGGACCUUCCCGGGACCACGCCAUCUUAUGAAGUGUUCUGGAGCGCUGUGUUUUAUGUUGGUUCCCUUAAUGGCUUUUUCUUUUUCUUUUUUUCUCAAAGAGUCUUUCAUCUAAAACUAACUUGUCAGCAAAUUGCAAGAGGCUUAUUUUUCUAAUUUAAUAUUAAUAAUAGUCUAUUUAUUUAUAGCGUUACUUCGUUGAGUUUUUUUUUUUUUUCUUUUUGAAGUUGCAUUCACAUGUAACAAAGAAUCAUACCAUAUUCACGUGAUGUUUUUAGUUUGCUUUUAUUUUCCCCCUGUAUGUCAUUGAACAUUGACACUGGUAGAGCAGUUAUCCGUCGUGUGCAAUGUGUGGAUUCCUCACGUCCGUUUCACUUACUGGAUUUUAUUAUUUGGGGCUGUGGGCGCCCCCUGUGGUCACUACAUGAUGUAAAAUGUGAAUCUCUGGGAAGGACGGUACCUCUUUUAGUAACUGGUAGUAAUGCCAUACCUCGUUACAUCUGUGAGCAGUACAUUGCGCACAAGCAGGCGAGGCGCAUUACGUGUAGCGUGGCCCAGCUGCUGAGUUACAGCUCAUUCGAGACCCGCAUUAGGCAUGGCAGCGUGGACGUGGUCAUCCUGUGGAUAGCAGAUUUUCAAAUGUACCUUAAACUCUCGAGUUUUUUUUUUUUUUUUUUUUUUAAUUUUUUUUUUUUAUCAAGUGAUUUACAGCCACUCAUCCUAUUGCAGCCCGUGGCUGCUACCAGAUGAGGGCAACAGAUUUGCCUUGAAUUGUAUAUAUGUAAUAUACCAGCAGGAAUCCUAGUAAGAGGCUCUUUAACAUUGAUUUCCGGAUGUUAUUGCAGUGAGGUGGUGAGCUUGUUACCCGAUUGGGUGUCUAACAACUGUGUGUAUUACUGGACUUCUCCUUCCAGCUGGGGAGAAGAUGGUGCUGAUCAAGUGCACAGACUAGACCAAAAAUACCCAUGCUUUAUCCCAGAGCCCUUCACUCAAUGUGUGUGUACGCCUGGUCAUUGCUCGGGCACCAAUUCACCACUGGCGAGCCAGGAGAAGACCUGGAGCUAGCAUGUGCGAAACGCGUGUGUACGCCUGGUCAUUGCACGGGCACCAAUUCACCACUGGCAAGCCAGGAGAAGACCUGAAGCCAGCAUGUGCAAAACGCGUGUGUACGCCUGGUCAUUGCACGGGCACCAAUUCACCACUGGCAAGCCAGAAGACCUGAAGCUAGCAUGUGUGAAACGCGUGUGUAUGUUCUCAAGUCUGAUAGGUGGGAGAGUGGAGAAUACUCGCUUAUUAGGUGGUAUCACACCGGGCCAAACGGUUUCCCCACAGACCUUUUAUAUGAACUGUUUUACAUGUUUGUGACUCUAUGGUGUUAAUGUUAUUAGCGUACAUGUAUUGGCGCACUGCGUGGUGGGGGAGCCGUGCGGUUAAUCAGCUGUGCUGCUCUACGUAGCCAGGUGGUAGAGGCUGUCUGUUUACUUUAGGUGGAUUCGUUGCCUUCUCUGUCAUAUCUGUAUUUCAGUAAAGAUGUAAAUAAGAAAUUUUGGAGGCGGGUUGGGGUGUGGUAUACAAUGCAGGGCCACAUGUAGCAUAUUGUACAUACACAGCCAGUGUAAAUGACAUUUGUAAAUUAGAGUGAAUUAUUUGUCACGGAGAUCUGAUUUUCUCUCCGUGGCUGAUCUGUAACGUGUGGGAAUUUCUGUAUUUUGUUUUAUUGUCGGCACUUACAGCAGAACCGCAUCUCAACCAAAAGCUAAAUGAAGUCGGUUUGAAUCACUGCAAAUAAAAUUGAAUUUUCGUAGAUGAAAGCACUUUACUUACUAUUCUCCCCAUGGCAGUAAGUGGCGGCGGCAUUCUUCCGACGUGCAUGGCGUUCAGGAGGAUGGCGCAGAAAACUGUGAAAUCUCUACACCUGUACAUUUCUGACUGUUCCCCAAUAAAAAAGGAACUGAUAA